UUACACAAACACUGUAUACGAUCACUGACGAUUGCAGAACAAAGAAAGAAAGAAAGAAAAGAAAUUUAGAGAGAGAAACAUACUCUCCUUCUUCUUCCUUUGGUGGGUUUCUCGAGUAUCAUUACUUUCUCCCCCCACCCACCGAAUCAUCAUACCUUCAAAUCCCCCUUUAAUGGCGUUCAUCUGAGCUUCCUCUUGUUUAUGGGUUUUUCAUCUUCUUCUUUAAGAACAACCCUACUUACAAGUAUGUUCUUUCUUAGGUUGGGCUAUUGAGUUGGGUUUUUCACAAGUAAAUGUAUGGAUCAUCGAGACCCAAUGGCGUUAUCUGGGUCUACUUACUAUAUGCAAAGAGAACUUGCCGGUGUCGGAAUCCGGCAAAUGUCCGGCCAUAACAACAACAUGUUCUUUCAAUCUAACGUUAUAGACACCUCAAUGGGUUCUUCUUUACCACCGACGGCGAUUUCAUCUCAUAUGAGUUCGGUACCGGCGCCGGCAGGCCCGGCACCGUCUGGUUUGGAGACUGUGAAAAGGAAAAGGGGAAGACCUAGGAAAUAUGGACCGGAUGGUGCAAUGGGAUUGCAAUUGUCUAACUCAUCUAAUACAGUUCCGGUGAGUUCUAAUCAGAAAAGGGGAAGAGGACGGCCGCCGGGCUCCGGCAGCAAACAACAGUUAGCUUCUCUUGGGAAAUGGCUUUCUAACACGGCCGGAACUGGAUUUACUCCACAUGUUAUUCUUAUCGGCUCCGGCGAGGAUAUCACAUCCAAGAUAUUGUCAUUUUCACAACAAGGUCCAAGGGCUAUAUGUGUUCUGUCAGCAAAUGGUUCUGUCUCAACCGCAACUCUUUGUCAGUCAUCAACUUCGGGUAGUUGUAUCACCUAUGAGGGGCGGUUUGAGAUAUUGUGCCUUUCUGGAUCUUAUUUAGUUGCCAAUAAUGGUCGAACCGGUGGUCUAAGCGUUUCUCUGGUUAGUCCCGAUGGUCGGGUCAUUGGUGGUGGUGUUGGUGGGGUUCUUAUUGCUGCUAGCCCCGUUCAGGUGAUUAUUGGAAGUUUCAAUUGGGGAAGUGGUUCUACAAAGAUGAAAAACAAAGUUAAGGAAGAAGAGACCAAACAUUACUAUGAAGGUGGUCAAGAACAAACUCGAGUAGACAAUGAUGAUGAUCAAAUAAUGAGUCAAGCAAAUGUUGUUUUAAACCCGAAUCAUACAAUUCAUGCUCCUGUCGGGCUUUGGCCUGGUUCGCGAUCCCUAGACAUGCAUAUGCCCGCUGACAUUGAUUUGAUGCGCGAUUAGCUGAUUUAUUGACGGUGUGGUUUCGUUUCAUAUGUAGGUUCGUGUUAGUUUCUUAUUAUUUCGUUGCAAAACCAACCAAACUUGUUUAGGAAAUCAUGGUUUUUCAAAUUGUGUUGUUAUGCCCUUUUUCUAAUAGGUGAUAUUUUGCAUUAGUGUUUUGUGAUGAUAUGUUACAUUAAUGACAGAAGUUUGACUGUUUUAUCAUAUAACUGUCGUUACUUAGUGUA